AUGUCAACUCGGACACUUUUCUUCAAUGGCCGUAUUCUGAUGGAUACCGGCGGUGGUCAGGAUGAAGACGUCUCUUUUGCGGAUAGCAUGUUGAUUGAGGAUGACAAGAUCAUAGCCAUCGGGUCAUACACAGAUGUGGUUUCUUCCGGAAACUGUUCAGAUCUUGACCGGCGAGACCUUGCACAGCGGGUCAUUCUUCCUGGUUUCAUAGACGGCCACAUGCACCUCCUCCUUCUUGGGCAAUCGCUUCGCAAACUUGACUUGAAAUUUUGCAAGUCCGUGGAAGAUAUCAAAUCAACAAUCAAAGAGUAUGCAGUCAUGAACCCAGAGAAGCCCAGUAUUCAAUGCAAAAACUGGAUGCAUUCAAUGACUCCCAACGGUGUAACAGCGGCCAUGCUUGAUGAUAUCGAUCCUCGACCGAUUUUCAUUGAUGCAAGUUCUCAACACUCAUGCUGGUGUAACACUGCCGCUCUGACAGAGCUAGGAGCUGCAGAUAUGCCAGAUCCUGCUGGUGGCAAAAUUCACCGAGACGCCGAAGGGAAUCCUUCUGGUGUUCUUGAUGAAGGUGCCAUGAUGUCCGUUAUCUGGCCAUUCCAAGCCGUGUCAAGCUCAAAGGAGGAUCGAAUGCAGGCUAUUCGGUCAGCAGUUCGAGAAUACAAUGCGGCUGGCUAUACCGGUGUGGUAGAGAUGGCCAUGGAUGAAGAAGCGUGGGACUCUCUCGUCACCCUGCGCGCUAUGGAUCCUGAAUUCGCUCUGAGAGUCUCAGCAUAUUGGCUCAUCAAGCCCACUUCGAGUCCAGAGGAUAUCUCUCGGCAAAUUGAACGGGCUCGUGAGCUUUUCCAGCAAUACAACACCGCAACAAGUCCCGAUCUCCGUAUUGUGGGUGUGAAGGUCAUCUGCGAUGGGAUCAUUGAUGCUUGCACAGCCUUUCUGUCACAACCUUACGCCCCAGCAGACUCGCCUCCACCGAUUUGGGAGCCAGAGAACUUGGAUCAGGUUGUAAAAGAAGCCGAUUCUGCCGGCCUACAGAUUGCUCUGCAUGCAAUUGGCGAUGCGGCUAUCAAGAUGGCCAUCGAUGCAAUUGAAAAGCAUGCGACACCAGGGAGACGGCACCGAAUUGAGCACCUCGAGCUUGCAUCUCCAGAAGAUGCAAAACGACUGGGUGAGUUGGGAUUAACGGCUUCGAUCCAACCGGUUCAUGCCGAUCCUUCAAUCCUGACGGAAUGGCCUCGUUUGCUGGGGAAAGAUCGUUGCCAGCGUGCAUUCGCAUACCGAGAGUUUGCCGAUGCUGGUGCUCUGAUGGCAAUUGGUAGUGAUAGUCCAACUUCACCGUGGAUGCCAAUGCAGAACCUUUAUGUUGCAACAACACGACGCUCUGCCAGAGAUGAAGAAUAUUCUCAGACUGUAAAUGAGCACUUCAAACUCAAUUUGUGCGAGUCUAUGAUUGCAGCAACAGGAGGUGCAGCUCGAAGUGUUUUUGCAGAAGACAGGACAGGAAAUUUAGCAGUGGGAAAAUUGGCAGACUUUGUCAUUGUUGAUAUGAAAUGGGAUGCUAAUUAUUUGUUGCAAGCCAAGACCAUGGAGACGUGGUAUGGAGGAAAGCAAGCAUGGAGUUUUGUAAAAGUGGAUUACACUGUGAAGACCUAG